UGCAACAAUCUGAAAGCUGUACACCAGCGGGGCACGGUAGCGGUUUCAUUCAUCGUAAUGCUAAUCAGGAGACCACUCCUUCUAGCUUUAUCUCUCUCUCACUGACUAUACAAGCCCUGCCCCUCUCUCUCUCUCUGCUCGUGUCUGGAAGUCCCGAAUCAACAACGAGCUUCCUCCCCUAACCGGAGCAUCGUCACCGCUAUCCCGCCGGACAGCAGAACCGGCCGGUGCUUUCAGAACCGGGACACGCAGUCUGCAGCCGUCGUAGAGACACGCUGUGGGACCGCCGAGGAGUAAGAGACCAUGACGGCCAGAGCCGGCUUCUACCGGCAAGAGCUGAACAAGACGGUGUGGGAGGUUCCCGAGCGGUACCAGAACCUCACCCCGGUCGGGUCGGGGGCCUAUGGCUCAGUCUGCUCUGUCUAUGAUGUGAAGCUGCGUCAGAAGGUGGCCGUGAAGAAGCUGUCACGCCCGUUCCAGUCUCUGAUCCACUCGAGACGCUCCUACAGAGAGCUGCGACUCCUCAAGCACAUGAACCACGAGAACGUGAUCGGGUUACUGGAUGUGUUCUCACCAGCCACCUCGCUGGAUAACUUCAAUGAAGUGUACCUUGUAACGAAUCUGAUGGGUGCCGAUCUGAACAACAUCGUGAAGUUCCAGAGACUCUCAGACGAGCACGUCCAGUUCCUCAUCUACCAGCUGCUCCGCGGGCUCAAGUACAUCCAUUCAGCCGGACUGAUUCACAGAGACCUGAAGCCCAGCAAUGUGGCUGUGAAUGAAGACUGUGAGCUCCGGAUCCUCGACUUCGGUCUGGCUCGGCAGACGGACGAUGAGAUGACAGGCUACGUGGCGACGCGGUGGUACCGGGCCCCGGAGAUCAUGCUCAACUGGAUGCACUAUAACCAGACCGUGGAUAUCUGGUCUGUGGGCUGCAUCAUGGCGGAGCUGCUGAAGGGGAAGGCACUGUUUCCAGGAAAUGACUACAUCGACCAGUUGAAGAGGAUAAUGGAGGUGGUGGGGACGCCGAGUCCAGAUCUGCUCAAGAAAAUUUCCUCUGAACACGCCAGGAAGUACAUCGAGUCACUGCCCUACAUGCCCCAGCAGGACCUGGAGGAGAUGUUCAGGGGAGCCAACCCUCUGGCUGUAGACUUGCUGAAGCGCAUGCUGGUUCUGGACUGUGACGGGCGCGUGGCGGCUGCCGAGGCGCUCUCUCAUCCGUACUUCUCUCAGUAUCACGACCCGGACGACGAGCCCGAGGCAGAGCCCUACGACGAGACCUUGGAGAGCAAGCAGCGCACCCUGGAGGAGUGGAAAGAGCUCACAUUUCAGGAGAUGAACAGCUUCAAACCACCAAGCAGCAAAAAGGAGGGUCUGCAGAUCGAGCAUUGAGACCAGAAACUGGAGAGAGUGUGAGCGAGAGGGGAGGAGAGGAGAGCGAGGGAGGAGAGGAGAGCAAGGUUAGGGUGUGUGUGUGUGUGCACAUAGGGAGGAGAGAGGUUAGAGAGGAUAGUGUCAGGUUAGGGUGUGUGUGUGUGUGUCUGCACGGGGAGGGUGUAGAUUCAGGUCUGUUGGUGUGGGGGGGUAUUAUUGUUAGGUGUGGAGGGUGUGGAGGGGGCUGUUUCUGAGUGUCAGUGUUCUGUGUUAGAGGGAUCGGAUCCAGCUAAGAGGGUGUGGAGGGGGCUGUUUCUUAGUGUCAGUGUUCUGGGUUAGAGGGAUCGGAUCCAGCUAAGAGAGUGUGGAGGGGGCUGUUUCUGAGUGUCAGUGUUCUGGGUUAGAGGGAUAGUGUCUCAUAUUGUCUGUCAGUCUGUUCUCAGUUGCAGUUAUAGUUUAGGGCACAAGUUUCUCUCCUGCCCCCCCCCCCCCCCACCCUCUGUUUACAAAAAAAGAAAAGAAGGCCUGUUCCUAAUCCUGGAAGUAGAAAUACCGGCUCGAUACUUCCUACCUGUGCAGUCCUUGUACUGCUGGCUGGCUGCCUUCAUUCUUCACCACCAGCCCGCCCCUGCUGUGCUGCUGAUGAAGAGAGACAGUCCCUGCGCGCGCCGGAGACGGGACUCAAGCCGAGUGGCAGCGGGGAUCUCUCUGGGCCUGUGACUGUGUUUAAAUGAAGGACACGUGCAAACAUACAGCUGGCUUUACUAGUUUUUGAUAGCAUUGAUACUGUGUGUUUGUUUUGUCCUGGGGAGAAGCGAUAGUAAAUCUGUCUCCUCCAGUUUGUACAGCAGCUCCCUGCAGGUGUGGUGGCCCUGCCUCAUGCUGUACUGGACUGGACACUACAGAGCUUGACAUCGCUGCCUGUCUGCCUGUCUGUCUGCCUGUCUGCCUGUCUGUCUGUCUGUCUGCCUGCCUGCCUGUCUGUCUGUCUGUCUGUCUGUCUGCCUGCCUGUCUGUGUGUCUGUCUGUCUGUCUGCCUGUCUGUGUGUCUGCCUGCCUGUGUGUCUGUCUGUCUGUCUGUCUGCCUGCCUGCCUGCCUGCCUGCCUGCCUGUCUGUGUCUGUCUGUUUGUUUGUCUGUUUGUCUGCCUGUCUGUCUGUCUGUCUGUCUGCCUGCCUGCUUGUGUCUGUGUGUCUGCCUGUCUGUCUGUCUGUCUCUGUCUGUCUGUCUGUCUUUUUGUCUGUCUGUCUGUCUGUCUGCCUGUGUGUCUGUCUGUCUGUCUGUCUGUGUGUGUGUCUGUCUGUUUGUUUGUCUGUCUGUCUGCCUGUCUGUCUGCAGCUCAAGUUGUCACGGCACACAGUCCCCACAUGGCAGUAUAAUGUAUUGUGCCUCACAAAUCUGAUUCUGAAUAUGUGACAAUGAAUUAAGUGGCAAAAACUUAUUAAAGUAUUUAAAAAAUAUAGUUUGGAAUAUACUCUGCAAGACUAACAUAUUCCAAUAUGAUGCGGUUAUAUUUCACUAUGUCGCCAUUCUGAAUGUAUUGUGGAAAUGUCUUCCACGUGAACGGAGCAGGUUGGAAUUGUUUGAGUCAGGCAUGCAGGGGUUAAAUUGUCUGUUGAGAGAAUAAACAGCCAGACUGGGCUCUGAGUCUGUGGAAUCCACUCUACAGGACCUGUACUGUACAGACUGGGCUCUGAGUCUGUGGAAUCCACUCUACAGGACCUGUACUGUACAGGCUGGGCUCUGAGUCUGUGGAAUCCACUCUACAGGACCUGUACUGUACAGGCUGGGCUCUGAGUCUGUGGAAUCCACUCUACAACCUGUACUGUACAGAUUGGGCUCUGAGUCUGUGGAAUCCACUCUACAGGACCUGUACUGUACAGGCUGGGCUCUGAGUCUGUGGAAUCCACUCUACAACCUGUACUGUACAGGCUGGGCUCUGAGUCUGUGGAAUCCACUCUACAACCUGUACUAUACAGGCUGGGCUCUGAGUCUGUGGAAUCCACUCUACAACCUGUACUGUACAGGCUGGGCUCGGAGUCUGUGGAAUCCACUCUACAGGACCUGUACUGUACAGACUGAGCUCUGAGUCUGUGGAAUCCACUCUACAGGACCUGUACUGUACAGACUGGAUCUAUGGAAGGAAGCCUGCACUUGUACAGUCUCAUCCUUUAACAGUCUCUCAUGUGACAUGGAUAUUCUUAUGUCUCAAUGUGCUGGUCAGCGCUGCGUUCAUUUUGUGUAGUUUUUAAAUACCGGUGCCUUGAAGCAGCAGACUGUGAGCCCCUGGGUUUCAAACAGCCCUGGAGAGGUGCACAGGUGUUUCAUUAGCUUUCUGCACUGUGAGGAGCUGAGGGCUGGGUUUCAAACAGCCCUGGAGAGGUGCAGGAGUGUUUCAUUAGCUUUCUGCACUGUGAGGAGCUGAGGGCUGGGUUUCAAACAGCCCUGGAGAGGUGCAGGAGUGUUUCAUUAGCUUUCUGCACUGUGAGGAGCUGAGGGCUGGGUUUCAAACAGCCCUGGAGAGGUGCAGGAGUGUUUCAUUAGCUUUCUGCACUGUGAGGAGCUGAGGGCUGGGUUUCAAACAGCCCUGGAGAGGUGCACGAGUGUUUCAUUAGCUUUCUGCACUGUGAGGAGCUGAGGGCUGGGUUUCAAACAGCCCUGGAGAGGUGCAGGAGUGUUUCAUUAGCUUUCUGCACUGUGAGGAGCUGAGGGCUGGGUUUCAAACAGCCCUGGAGAGGUGCAGGAGUGUUUCAUUAGCUUUCUGCACUGUGAGGAGCUGAGGGCUGGGUUUCAAACAGCCCUGGAGAGGUGCAGGAGUGUUUCAUUAGCUUUCUGCACUGUGAGGAGCUGAGGGCUGGGUUUCAAACAGCCCUGGAGAGGUGCACGAGUGUUUCAUUAGCUUUCUGCACUGUGAGGAGCUGAGGGCUGGGUUUCAAACAGCCCUGGAGAGGUGCACGAGUGUUUCAUUAGCUUUCUGCACUGUGAGGAGCUGAGGGCUGGGUUUCAAACAGCCCUGGAGAGGUGCACGAGUGUUUCAUUAGCUUUCUGCACUGUGAGGAGCUGAGGGCUGGGUUUCAAACAGCCCUGGAGAGGUGCACGAGUGUUUCAUUAGCUUUCUGCACUGUGAGGAGCUGAGGGCUGGGUUUCAAACAGCCCUGGAGAGGUGCACGAGUGUUUCAUUAGCUUUCUGCACUGUGAGGAGCUGAGGGCUGGGUUUCAAACAGCCCUGGAGAGGUGCACGAGUGUUUCAUUAGCUUUCUGCACUGUGAGGAGCUGAGGGCUGGGUUUCAAACAGCCCUGGAGAGGUGCACGAGUGUUUCAUUAGCUUUCUGCACUGUGAGGAGCUGAGGGCUGGGUUUCAAACAGCCCUGGAGAGGUGCAGGAGUGUUUCAUUAGCUUUCUGCACUGUGAGGAGCUGAGGGCUGGGUUUCAAACAGCCCUGGAGAGGUGCAGGAGUGUUUCAUUAGCUUUCUGCACUGUGAGGAGCUGAGGGCUGGGUUUCAAACAGCCCUGGAGAGGUGCACGAGUGUUUCAUUAGCUUUCUGCACUGUGAGGAGCUGAGGGCUGGGUUUCAAACAGCCCUGGAGAGGUGCACGAGUGUUUCAUUAGCUUUCUGCACUGUGAGGAGCUGAGGGCUGGGUUUCAAACAGCCCUGGAGAGGUGCACGAGUGUUUCAUUAGCUUUCUGCACUGUGAGGAGCUGAGGGCUGGGUUUCAAACAGCCCUGGAGAGGUGCACGAGUGUUUCAUUAGCUUUCUGCACUGUGAGGAGCUGAGGGCUGGGUUUCAAACAGCCCUGGAGAGGUGCACGAGUGUUUCAUUAGCUUUCUGCACUGUGAGGAGCUGAGGGCUGGGUUUCAAACAGCCCUGGAGAGGUGCACGAGUGUUUCAUUAGCUUUCUGCACUGUGAGGAGCUGAGGGCUGGGUUUCAAACAGCCCUGGAGAGGUGCACGAGUGUUUCAUUAGCUUUCUGCACUGUGAGGAGCUGAGGGCUGGGUUUCAAACAGCCCUGGAGAGGUGCACGAGUGUUUCAUUAGCUUUCUGCACUGUGAGGAGCUGAGGGCUGGGUUUCAAACAGCCCUGGAGAGGUGCACGAGUGUUUCAUUAGCUUUCUGCACUGUGAGGAGCUGAGGGCUGGGUUUCAAACAGCCCUGGAGAGGUGCACAGGUGUUUCAUUAGCUUUCUGCACUGUGAGGAGCUGAGGGCUGGGUUUCAAACAGCCCUGGAGAGGUGCAGGAGUGUUUCAUUAGCUUUCUGCACUGUGAGGAGCUGAGGGCUGGGUUUCAAACAGCCCUGGAGAGGUGCAGGAGUGUUUCAUUAGCUUUCUGCACUGUGAGGAGCUGAGGGCUGGGUUUCAAACAGCCCUGGAGAGGUGCAGGAGUGUUUCAUUAGCUUUCUGCACUGUGAGGAGCUGAGGGCUGGGUUUCAAACAGCCCUGGAGAGGUGCACGAGUGUUUCAUUAGCUUUCUGCACUGUGAGGAGCUGAGGGCUGGGUUUCAAACAGCCCUGGAGAGGUGCAGGAGUGUUUCAUUAGCUUUCUGCACUGUGAGGAGCUGAGGGCUGGGUUUCAAACAGCCCUGGAGAGGUGCAGGAGUGUUUCAUUAGCUUUCUGCACUGUGAGGAGCUGAGGGCUGGGUUUCAAACAGCCCUGGAGAGGUGCACGAGUGUUUCAUUAGCUUUCUGCACUGCGAGGAGCUGAGGGCUGGGUUUCAAACAGCCCUGGAGAGGUGCACGA